AUGGCAAAAUGUGGCAGUCCCUCUCUCGCUGCUGAUGCAUCCUCUUUGCUUGAAGGUCUUUUUGAGUUUCAUUUUAUCGCCCUCUUGGUUAUUACCAGAAAUGUUUUUGAUCUAACGCUUCCUGUUACUCAGCUUUUGCAAGGAAAGAGUAUUGAUGUUAUGGACGGGAUUGAGUUGAUCUCUUCUUUGAAAAGCAGUGUUGCACAUGUGAGGAAUUCUAUUGAUUCAUAUCAUGAUCAAUGGUACGACAUUGCUUUGACGUUAGCGGCAAAGGUUGGGGUAGAAGAAUGUAAACGUAGGACAAAUGGAAGGCAAACUACAAGGCCUAACGCUCCUUAUCGUUCUAUCUCGGAGUAUUGCAAACGAAUCUAUACGAUUCCUUUAAUUGACCAUCUUCUCUCGUCUUUGGAUGCGCGAUUUGACACGGAAAGUGUAAAUGUUUAUCAAGGACUAAGUAUUGUUCCAACAAAAAUGUUUUCUCUUAUAAAAAAUGGGAUUGACUGGAGACAUAAAUUUAAGAUUGUUUCAAAAUUUUAUGUUGCUGAUUUACCCAAUCAGUUAGGUUUAGAUGCAGAGUUGUUAUUAUGGCAAUCCUUCUGGGAACAUUGUAAAGGUCCUUAUCCAAGUAAUGUAGCUACAACUUUAAAAGCUAUAAAUUUUGAUGGUUUUCAAAACAUAAAGGUCAUACUUCAAAUAUUAGGAACCCUUCCCAUAACUUCAUGCGAAUGUAAACGUUCGAUUUCAGCGCUGCGAAUUCUUAAAGAUUAUAAGCGGAGUACUAUGGUUGAGGAACGGUUAAAUGGUCUUGCUCUAAUGAAAAUUCAUCAGGAAAUUCUUCCAGAUGUGCAACGCGUAAUUGAUAAAUUUUCUGUUGGCAACACUAGAUUUAAAUUUAAUUGA